AUGUGCUCGCGAUGGCAUCACUUAGGCUAUACUGCAUGGCUGCUGGCAUGGACAGGUGAAUCUGCGUCCGUGCUGGACAUGAUGACCCAAACAGAACCCGGUUCCGCCUUGAGGAGGCCGUCCACCGGACACAGCUGCCCUUCAGGUGCUUCCUUCUCUGUGCGGUUGGGUGGCCACAGAGGAGGCUGUGUGUGCGACUUCGGCUUCUCCGGCCUUUUGCGCUGGGAUGCUUCCGGAGGCAGGUACCACGGUGCUUGUACGCAGACUCCGUGUCCGGGUGGCACUGUGCAAGGACAUUAUGCAGGCGAGUGCUUUUGUCGCCCACCCAGAGUCGGCCACAUCGUUUGGAGGCGAGCCGAGGAAGGCGGAAAGAACUCUAGCGGCGAACUCGGUGUCGCGUCUUUCCAUGGAGAAUGUGUCCUUUUGCCUUGUCCAGAUGGCUCUUCUCGGGCAUCGGAUUGGCUGGAUCACGGUGUGCGGCGGCCGAGAUGCGGCUGCCGUUCUGGUCAGGUUGGAGGAUUUAUUUGGCAGCCGAAUGCAAGUCGUUUCUCUGGUCAAUGUGUGGACGAAAAUCCUUGUGCUCCCGGAUACGCAGGAGGUCGCAUGAUAGCUUUCGAUGCACACCACGAGAAGCUUUCCGUUUCCACCCAAGUGCGAAUUCUUGGCAAGUGCGAGCGCGUGGUGUGCCCACUCCAUGCCGACAUUGAUGAGUCUGGCUUGUGCCACUGUCAGCCACCCUACAACGGAAGCCAGAUCACCUGGGAUGCGGAGCUGCUGAUGUACUCUGGGCAAUGCUCACCCUACUUCCAUUGUCCUCCUCGCACUGUCUAUCGCAACGUGGAUUUGAGUGUCGUGAACACACGGCUGGCCUGCGUGUGCCGGGAUGGCUAUGCUGGCGGUCACAUGUCUUGGGAUGCAUGGGGACAUCGCGUUUGGCAUGGCGAUUGCCAACUGGUUGCUUGUCCACUGGGUGCGCAAAGACAUGGGGAUGGUCUGUGUCAGUGUCGAAAUGGUUCAUUGACAUGGGACGCACUACGCGGAAGCUACGAAGGCCUCUGCGGGCAGGAGCACGCGGCCGGAACAGAGACGGGGCAGAAGCAUGAGCAGCCCGAGCAGCCGUGGAGGCCCCAGCGACCGCGGUGGACCCGAUUGCGGCACCGAGAAGCCGGCAAGGGUGGCCAUGCCACACAUUCCAAUGAGACGGCUGCAAAGUCGAAUUACGAGCACCAGCAGCAACCGGUGGCGGCAAUUCGAAGGCAUAGCCCUAAACAUCCUUCAAGAUCUUCAAGGAAUCACACACGCAAGUCAGCAGUGGCACACCCCGCUGCGAAGCAUGGGAGAUCCGACUCUGAGAAGGCCCACUUUGAGAAGGACAAUCCUGUGAAGCCGAGCUCACGCGCCGUGAAGUUCGCUCGAAAGGUUCCGACAGAGGGAGCGGCAGUCUUCUUUCACGCGUUCUGGCACCCAAUCAGAACCUUUGCCGAGCCUAUUCUGCGGUUCGUCUGA